AACGAGAAGUAUCUUCCUCCAACAAACAACCAGGCACAAAGAAUACACAACUGAAGGAUUAGCAGCCUUUGUUGCCUCAUCCUUUGUUUUCCACUUAGAAGGAUUCCCUGAGCCAAGGCACUGGCGCUGUUCUCCUGGCACACCACACCUGACUUGUGCUGGGUGGGACACCUUCACUCCAGGGCAAAUGGGCCCUCUUUUGGUUCUGAUAGCGGCAGCUAUCUGGCAAGGCUCAGCUUCUCCCAUCAUUUACCCUAAUCAUGACAUUCUGAGAGUGAAGCAAGGAGAAUCAGUUGAAUUACUUUGCUCAGGGGAAUUCCCUGUAGAGUGGAUCGGUAUCCAGAAUGGGUCCACUGUGAUGGUGUAUGACAAUGGCAUCCUCUACAUGACUAACACUAGUUGCAACCAGAUGGGAAGCUACCAGUGUGCUUAUGUCAACAAACCAGAAGAGGGGAUCAGUACUAUAUAUGUGGCUGUGACAGAUCCUGAAUCGGUGUGGUGUGGCCUUCACGGCGUAUAUCCUUCUGUGGAAAGGGGCAGCGAUGCCUUGAUUCCAUGCCUGAUUGCUGACCCAGGAUUCACAGGCAACAUGACCCUCCUUAACAAUUCUUCUCCAGUUCAUUCAAGAGUCUCCUUCAGUCCUAAGGAAGGAAUAUGGAUUCACCAAGCAGACCUGAGUGAUAUAGGGAUCUAUGAGUGUAAAGCCCAGGUUCAAGGAGAGUGGGUGAUUUCACGCAGAAUUACUCUUUCCGUCUCUGACAACAAUCAGCCUUUGACAGUUACUAUUGGAGGACUAGCAGACCAGGUGCGGUUACAAGGAGAACCAUUCAACAUUUCCUGCAGAAUACAAUAUUACUCUUAUGAAUAUAAUGGCAGAUGGAUCUAUCCCUCUCCUGAAAAUGCGAUCUGCAAUUCAUUGGAAUUAGAUACUGGAGUUCCUCAGUCAUACACCACUGAUUACACCCUAUUCAUUCCAGCAGUGCAGUUACAAGACAGUGGAAUAUAUACUUGCCUUGGUGAAGCUGGACAAUUAUUUAUGAACGUUUCAGCUACUCUCCAGGUGCUAGAGAAAGGGUAUCUGCGCUUGUCCACAUUACAGAACAGAAUUCAGGAGACAAACUUGCAUCAAAAUCUGAAUAUUCAGGUGCUCAUUAAUGCUUACCCUAGACCGUCGACGUAUAGAUGGAUACGUGUGAACCCAUCAGGAAAGUCCACAAUCACCAGCCACAUGAUUUUUGGUCAUCAGAGACACAACAAUACACUGAGGCUGAAUCGUAUGGAGGAAAAAGACAGUGGCGAAUACAUAUUUUUUGCAGACAACGGGGAAGCCAAUGCAUCUAUUCAUUUUAACAUCUCUGUGAAAACUAAACCAAAAGUUAGAAUAUUGACCAACAAUUCCAAUAGUCUCCAAUGUGAAGUAACUGGCUAUCCUUCUCCACAUAUUCAGUGGUACAAAUUGCCCCAUCACGUUGAUAGAUGUGGUGAACAUGGGGCCCUGAGUUUGAAUCACUCGAGUCUAGAGAUCAUGAGUAACAUUCCCCUGGUCAGAGUGUCAUUGAAGAGUGUCCUUAAGGUGAAGAGAGAGGACAGUGAGACCAUUUGCUGUUUUGCAGUUAAUAGCGCUGGAAAUGACUCCGAUUCCAUCAUACUUUCUGUCGAUAAGGUUAUUGGAAACAAGAAUGAAAUCUCCAGACUACUUUAUGCGGGCUUUGGAGGCACAAUGGGUUUCCUUCUUCUAUGUAUCAUCAUCUUGGCCUAUAAAUAUAAACAGAAACCAAAAUAUCAAAUCCACUGGAAGAUUAUUGAAGCCUCUGAAGGAAACAAUUACAUCUUUAUUGACCCCACCCAGCUUCCUUACAAUGAGAAAUGGGAAUUUCCUAGAAACAACCUGCAAUUUGGAAAAGUCCUUGGAGCUGGAGCUUUUGGGAAGGUGAUUGAAGCCACAGCUUUUGGGCUGGGAAAGGAGGAUUCUGUCUUGAAGGUAGCAGUGAAAAUGCUGAAAUCAACUGCACAUACAGAUGAGCAAGAAGCUCUUAUGUCUGAGCUGAAAAUCAUGAGUCAUUUGGGUCACCAUGAAAAUAUUGUCAAUCUUCUAGGAGCAUGUACCCAUGGAGGCCCUGUCCUUGUAAUUACUGAGUAUUGUCCCUUUGGAGACUUGCUGAAUUUCCUGAGAGAAAAAGCUGAGCAUCUCAUAAUUGAGGGUUUAACCUUGGAAUGCACUCUUGAUAACUUGAUAGCUGAUUACAAAAAUAUCUACCUUGGAAAAAAGUAUGUCCAAAGAAGUGAUAGUGGAUUUGGAUGCCAAAGUGUUGACAGUUAUUUGGAAAUGAAAUCGGUCAUAGCAUCGGUACCUAUGCCACCACAAGGAACAAAGUUGGUAUCAAGUGAAGGAAAAGAAGGCCUCUGUUCUUUUGAUCUCUUUGAUUUGCUGCAGUUUUCCAACCAAGUGGCCCAGGGAAUGACUUUCCUGGCUUCAAAAAAUUGCAUCCAUCGAGAUUUGGCAGCACGGAAUGUGCUAGUGGCUGAUGGAUUAGUGGCCAAGAUCUGUGACUUCGGCCUGGCUAGAGAUAUUGUGAAUGACAGCAAUUAUGUUGUGAAGGGCAAUGCUCGCCUCCCAGUGAAAUGGAUGGCACCAGAGAGCAUCUUUGAAUGUGUCUACACAGUACAGAGUGACGUGUGGUCUUAUGGCAUCCUUCUCUGGGAGAUAUUCUCCCUAGGAAGAAGUCCCUAUCCUGGUGUGAAAGUGAAUAAUAAGUUUUAUAGCCUUGUGAAACAAGGAUAUCAUAUGGGGAAACCAGAUUUUGCUCCAGAUGAUAUGUACAAUAUAAUGACGGCAUGCUGGAAAUUGGAGCCCACUCAACGGCCAACUUUCAGUCAAAUCUGCACCUUAAUUCAGAAACAGCUGGAUGCCAUUAAGGAACAGGAUUAUAAAAACUUGCCCUGCCCCAGAGAGGAGGAAGACAGUGGAUGUGAGCCUGCCAGCGACUUUGAAGAAUCCUGUGAGGCAGGAGAAGCGGAGCAGCCUCUUCUGAACAGCAACAAUUAUCAGUUUUGUUAGGGUGUGUGUUCUGGGCCUUCUGGAUGAUGAAAUGCCAGCUGAGAUUGAACUUGGAUUUCAUGCAACCCCAUCCCUUUUUGAGGCUUUUUGCAUCAGAAAACAAGACAGUCAUACGUAAGUCACAGACUGGGUUCAUGCCUUUCACUGACAGCAGAUUCCUAAAUUCUCCAUUCUACUUGAUUUUAACUACAGGCAGGCAGGGCUUUAUCACUGUUGAUGUCUUGAAGUAGGCUAUAUUUGACGUUGGAGAAUCGAGGCAUCAUCUUUGCAGAAUGGGAGAGAUUGUUAAGUGCAAACGCAGGCUUAACAAAGUAGAUGGACUUCUUUUCUUUUCUCUACACUUUUCUGCUACAAGCUAUCAAACCUAUAAACUAUCAUAUGGGAGAGGAAAAAAAAUUAGAUUACCCACAUUUCGAACCAGAUGGGGGGGUUUGCGGAGCAAGAUCAGGGAACAGAAAGAAGUAGAGGCAUUCCCAUGGUAACCUGCUGUUCUACAGUCAUUUCUUGCAGCAUAGGUGGGCAGACUGAAAUCCACGGCAAACCAAAAGGGGACAUUGUUGGAAGAGGUGGCCUUUGGCAACAUGAGGGAUUGUUAAAGAUAAGGAGGAUCGUGGGAGGAUUUCUCGAGACACGUUGCAUUCCUCUCAUCCUUGAAACAACCUCCAAAGCUGGAAAAAAAUACCAAAAUUAUACCAUUUUGCCACUGAGUUUUGGCAUGGGUUGAAAGGAUGAGCCAAAAGUUGCCCACCCAUCAUAGAAAAGAAAAUUGCUGAGC